AUGCCUCACAACGACGCCCUUGUCAUUGAAGCUGUCAUUCACAACUACCGGGUAAAGAAGAUCUUGGUGGAUGACGAAAGUAAGGUAAAUCUGCUGCCUUACCGAGUCUUCCAGCAGAUGGGAAUUUCUGAAGAGCAACUGGUUCGAGACCAGGCCCCAAUUAAAGGGAUUGGAGGAACACCAGUGACGGUGGAAGGGAAAGUAAAGCUGGCCCUUACUUUGGGAGAAGCCCCAAGGACUCGCACCCAUUAUGCGGUGUUCCUGGUGGCUAAACUUCCCCUGAGCUACAACGCGAUCCUGGGAAGACCUGCGCUGUUUGACUUUGAGGCCGUCACCAGUAUCAGAUAUCUGACAAUGAAGUUCCCAACAGAAGCAGGGGCGGGAAUAGCUCGGGGAAGCCAGGAGGAAACAAGGGCAGUGUACCUAGCUACGGUAGCGGAGCUGGUCUCAACAGAGGAAGGGCUGGAUUCAGAAGUCUUAGAGGUCAGGGACGAGAAAACAGAGGCCAGGACAGAGCUGGUGGAGGAACUGGAGAUUUUUCCCUUAUCAGAAGUAGAAACAGACAAAGUCUUCAGUCUCAACGCCGGCCUCACCAAAGAGCAGAAAACCGAGGGUUUAUCUGGAAAGCCACCAAGGAGUAGUAAUGACAGAUCAACCCUUGAAGAAGAUUCUGCAUAG